GGCCAAACCCAGUUAGAUUUUUUGGUUAAAUUUGGUCAUGUGCCUUGCACAUGAGGGCAUUGUUGUCUUUUCAUCUCUUUAGGGACUAUUUAUUAUGUACAACAACUAAUAUUGAGGGGCUAUUGUGUAGAAAAUAAAUACAUAUUUUGCAUCUACAAGCUCAGCUUCCUCCCUCAUUCUCUCUCUUUCAUCCCUCACUCUCUCUCUAUAACAAUGGUGGUUUCUACAGUUUCUACACGAAGAACAAGCGGACCAGUGAUACGAUCUCACUUUCCAUCUAGAACGACGUCGUUUGCAUCUACAAGCCAAGCUUUCUCCACCGAAUCCACUUCGUUUUUCCGAAACCGAUCAGAAUCACACACUCCGGCAUAUAGGACGAUGUCGUCUUCGUCUUCCGUACGGUUUUCGCUCGAUAACCGUCCGAUUUCUCCGAGCAGAUCCAUAUCUUCUCCGGUAAGAAAUCACAAUCAGGCGGUGAAGAAGACGUGUAUGUGCUCGCCUACAAUGAACGCAUCCAGCUGGGAGGAUGCAACCAAGUUUCUUACAGGGGCUUCAGCAAUGGGCAGUGUGGCAAUUCCUGUAAUCUUGAAGCAUGCAGGUGUGAUUACGUGGGGUGCAUUUGCAAUGGAGAUUUCGUCGCUUUUUGUGUUUGUUAUGGCAAUAUUAUGUUUGACUGGAAUGAAUAGUGAUGAUGGAGGAGGGUAUCGUAUGAUCUGAGUCAAAUCAUGGUCAGCUUUCUGUGGGAGUUUGAUGUUUCAUGUGCUUGUUUGUUUGUUUGUGUGGCAAAUAUGUAAAUUUCAUGACUUUAUUUUAUUCUUUGGUGUUUCUUCCUAGCACAAGCUUUUCCAGAUCUGAAUUAACCACCAAAUGUAGAAGAAUUUGAAACUUUGUUGGAAUGUGGUUUUUUCUGUCUGGAAAAAGCUUUGCUUGGUUCCUGUUUGAAGUAUAAAUCUUUAAUAUUGAAGUUGAUGGAAUAUUUUUUGGGGAAUCAGUUAUUUCA